AUCAAUGAAGUAACGCAAUCCAAUUAGUUGGUAAAAUUGUGUUGUUAUGCCGUUUAUUUUAUUUGUACAAUUCAUUCAAGACAUUAUUCCGUUCAAAACCUAUAAGUAAGAGCUGCUUUUCGAACAUAGCUAAGUUUCGUCAUUAGUCAUUGCUAAACUGCUCUUCACUUCUUGUCUCGUUUUUUCUGUUUCACCAGACGUUCAACAACUCAAAGCAUCAUGAACACUUUUAAGAUGUCUAUCAUUCUCAUCGUGUCUCUCUGUCUCCUGAUGAGCAUAGGACACUCUGAAGCACAGUCGGCCUCAGCUGAGUCGACCUCAGCUGAGUCUGCGGCCUCAGCAGCAUCAGCUGAGUCGACCUCAGCUGAGUCUGCGGCCUCAGCAGCAUCUGCCGCCUCAGCAGCAUCUGUCGCCUCAGCAGCGUCUGCUGACUCCGGUCGCAAGAAGCGAUCUGAAUCAGACUCCGACUCGGCAGAAGCGAUCUAGUUCAGAGGAGGAGUCUGAUGGCGCUGCGGCCGCUGCCUCAUCACAAUCUGCUUCUUCCAAGUAUGAACCAAGUCCGACUACGGACGUUCUGUGGCGACGUCUAGACGAUGAUUUAUGAUUCAAAUUCAACAGAUUACAAGUAGAUGUUAAACAACUCUUUGUGUGUCACUCUCAUAAUAUCCAUGUUCUAUACUUUAAAUCUGGACGUGUAAUUUUAUCUUUCGUUAAUUUUACUAUUUCAAGUGCAAAUUAUAAAAAAAAACACAUAUAUGUCAUAAAGCAGUUGGUCUUGUAUUCAAUUAUGGCUGGAAAUUGGUCAUUAUGCAAGGCUUUUGUAAGACAGUUCAGAUCACACUUUCUUCCCGAUUAGCACUCGAGGCACACACGUGAGUGUGUCGAUCAGCACUCUUGGCAGAUGAAAGGUUAUUCAAUACGAUUAUUGACAUAAUUCUAUUUAUAUCUAGCUAUAGACAGAUAAUGACAUAUUAUAACUACUAAUUUCACUGUAAAAUUAUAUUAUUAUUCAAAUUAAACAGUUAAAAUGUGUGUAAUCUGAAUUGGCAGUGCCUUCUUUACAUGUUAACGAUUGAUUUUUCUUAUACAAAUAAUUACAGUGCAGAAUUUUUAAUGUGUUUUUAAAAAUUCUAGAUAGAUUUGUCUUUACAUGUUAUCAGGAUACUACAUGGUCGACUGUUUUCCCAAUCAAAUCAUAUUCGGUUUAAGUGUUCUUUGUUUUUUAUGUAAGCACAGACAUUCGAAAGUAAUAGUGUUGCAGAAUGCUUUCUGCUUUCCUCUUCUUUUUCCCUUUUCCUCAUUUUUCCUUUCCUGUUUUACAUUCCCUUCUUUAUCAUCAUUGAUCUGUUGUUAAUGUUCCCUGCUCUUAAAAUACAAUACAAAUGUGUGUAUCAUAAUCAUGAUUAAAUCGAAGCUCAAAACCA